AUGCGACGACGAGGCGCGAGAGAAGGAAACGACGACGACGACGACGACGACGACGACGAAAACGAGCAGCUCUUCUUUUCCGUGUUUGACCGAGAGAAAGUCAUAGAGUUUCUUCUCCGAGGCCCGCACGGGAAGAAAGGAAAGGAUUUAUCGUUUUCGUCCUCCGAGGAGGAGGAGGAGGAGGAGGAAGAUGACGGCGGUUUUAGAAGAGGAGGAGAAGAAGACGAGGAGGAGUAUUCCGAGAAGGAAAACGAGAAGACGUUUUUAAAGACGAAGAAGACAACGAGCAAAACAAACGAACGAAACGCUUCGAUGACGACGAUGAAAGCGAAAGAGCGGAAAAAAGCCGAGCGGUUUUACCAGGUGAUGCUGAAAGAAGCGCAGAGACUCGUGUGCGAGGAGUUGAAAGAGGAAGACGAACGAAAGCGAGGAAGAAAAUGCGUCGUGGAGCUGGAUUUACGACGGUGCGAAGAGAUUCCGCUUUGGGCAAGGAAUCGAGCGCCAGAGACGUUUAGUUUACUCACGACGCGAAUUGCGGUCGCGGAAACGUCCGGAGACGCGUCGACGACGAAGUUAAUCGUGGAGUUACAAGACGGGCACAGAGUGGAAGCGGUGAUUAUUCGGCAUUUGAAAGGGCGGCGAGCGGAAGGGAAGAAAGGUUUGGGGGCGACGUUGUGCAUAUCGAGCCAGGUUGGGUGUAAGAUGGGGUGUACGUUUUGCGCGACGGGGACGAUGGGAGAACUCGGGAAUUUAACGACCGGGGAGAUUGUGGAGCAAGUCGCGCACGCGAGAAGGAUCGAGCCGAGGGUGAGGAAUAUCGUGUUUAUGGGGAUGGGUGAACCGCUGAACAAUUACGACGCCGUCGUGGACGCCAUUCGGUGCAUGUCACAAAGCGAAAAUCAGAUGGGAUUUAACAUUCCGUGUCCGAAGAUUUGCGUGAGUACUGUCGGGGUGAUUCCAAACAUUUAUAGGUUUAGCGAAGAUUGUCCGACGGUGUCGAUGGCGCUGAGUUUACACGCGCCAACGCAGGAGAUUCGGAAGAAAAUUGUCCCCAUGGCGACGGCGUAUCCUUUGGACGAGCUGAUGCGAUGUUUGGACGAUUAUUUAGCGAAAAGUGAGAAGAAUUCUAUGCUGGUGGAAUAUUGCGUUUUGAAAGGUAUAAAUGAUACUAAAGAGUGCGCGAGGUUGCUCGGGGAGUUGUUGGGUGGGAAGAAGGUUGUGUUGAAUUUCAUCCCGUAUAAUCCCACAGACGUCAUCGCUGGACACGAAAGGCCGGAGAUGGAGGACAUACAGGCGAUGAACACGAUAUUAAGGGAAGAGUACGGGAUGACGACGACGGUGAGACAAGAGAUGGGUUCGGAUAUUGCCGGUGCGUGUGGACAGUUGGCAAUUUCCGUAAACGGGAAGAAACUUUCGUCGAAGGAGAAGAAGAAGACGAACGAGGACGAGGACGAAUGCGAUGGGGGCGAAGGAAGCAUCCCGGGCAUUCGAGACAUUGAAGAGAUGCUGGGACAAGAUUUAGUGAGCGCUACUACAAAGAGUAAUAAGACUAAAACAACGACGACGACGACAAAGACGAUAACAAGAAAAAUUGAGACGAUAAAAUCAUCAGAGACGAGCAGCUUCACGCACUAUUUCUUCAACGAUUGGACCAGAGCAGAAAUCGCCAUGCUCGGAGUGGCAUCGGUGUGCUCGCUCGCUUUACUAUCCGCACGAUUGGUUAGCAGUAAUAAAAAGUAA